CGCACUAACGCAGUAAAGCCGAACCAGCGGGCACCGAAGGCGCUUACGCAUUUCGCAGACCGGAAACGAACCAGCCAAAGGCGUCGGCGGAUCCUGCGAGGCGUGCGAAGGAUUCACGUCUGCCGCGAGAGGCAUCCAAGCCCGCUAUCGACAGAGGCGGACCGGACGGGAACGUCGGAGUCAGGUUUUUCGCGGGCGGGUGCCAAGCAUCAUGGACAGCGACAAGAAGAUAACAUUGCCCCUUAUCUUUGCCGUGUGUGUUGCUGUCAUUGGAUCCCUGCAAUUUGGGUAUAACACUGGAGUAAUCAAUGCUCCUGAGGAGAUUAUCAAAGAGUUUUUCAAUGACACAUGGAUAGAGCGGACCAAACAACCAAUCUCCCGUACUCUCCUAACCUCGCUGUGGUCCCUCUCUGUGGCGAUUUUCUCAGUGGGAGGGAUGAUUGGCUCUCUCUCUGUGGGACUUUUUGUCAACCGGUUUGGCAGGCGAAACUCUAUGCUGCUGGUGAAUAUUCUGGCCAUUGCAGGAGGUCUUUUGAUGGGCUUCUCCAAACUGGCACGUGCAGUAGAGAUGCUGAUCAUUGGCCGCUUCAUUAUUGGUGUCUUCUGUGGCCUCUGCACUGGCUUUGUGCCCAUGUAUAUCAGCGAGGUCUCCCCCACUGCGCUGCGAGGGGCAUUUGGCACACUGAACCAGCUGGGCAUUGUCGUGGGCAUCCUGGUGGCACAGAUCUUCGGCCUAGAUGUCAUCAUGGGAAGUGAAAAGCUCUGGCCACUGUUGUUGGGAUUUACCAUUAUCCCAGCUAUUUUACAGUGUGCAGCUCUGCCAUUCUGUCCUGAGAGCCCACGUUUCCUGCUCAUCAACCAGAUGAAGGAAGAGAGUGCGCAUGCAGUUCUCCAGAAGCUUCGAGGCACCCAAGAUGUAUCCCGCGAUAUUCAAGAGAUGAAAGACGAGAGUGCCAAGAUGUUCCAAGAGAAGAAGGUGACCAUUCCAGAGCUCUUCCGCUCCCCCAGCUACCGGCAGGCCAUCAUCAUUGCCAUCGUCCUCCAGCUCUCUCAGCAGCUCUCAGGCAUCAAUGCGGUGUUCUAUUAUUCAACCGGGAUCUUCAGAGAAGCUGGAGUGGGACAGCCGGUGUACGCCACCAUUGGCGCUGGCGUGGUCAAUACCAUCUUCACUGUGGUAUCGCUCUUCCUUGUGGAACGUGCAGGGCGCAGAACUCUCCAUUUAAUCGGCUUAGGAGGCAUGGCGGCCUGUGCGGCCCUUAUGACCAUGGCCGCGCUGUUAAAGGCUACUGUGACUUGGAUGAGCUACAUCAGCGUUAUUACUACAUUUGCUUUUGUGGCCCUGUUUGAAAUUGGCCCGGGCCCAAUCCCCUGGUUUAUUGUCUCGGAACUCUUCAGUCAGGGUCCUCGUCCAGCAGCUGUGGCGGUGGCUGGUUGCUCCAACUGGUCAUCCAAUUUCCUGGUGGCCAUGCUCUUUCCCUAUGCAGCGAAUGCAUUUCCUAAGUAUGUUUUCCUUGUCUUUCUUGGGUUCCUCAUUUUCUUCUUCAUCUUCACCUACUUUAAAGUCCCUGAGACAAAAGGCCGGACUUUUGAAGACAUCUCCAGUGCCUUUGAAAGGCAAACAGAAGAUGGUGUUGUCUCACCCACUGUUGAGAAGAGCCCGAUGGUAGAACUGACUAGCGUUCAGCCUACUAAGGAUGCUGAUGCCAAUAUUUAAUAUGCUCCAUUUUUGACGCUUGUCUCUGAGGAUAACCCUUAUAAGGAACACACAAUGACACUGUUCUCAUUGCUGCUGUUUCUUCUUUCUCCCUCUGCCUUCCUUGUGUUUGCCAAAAUGAUUUCAAAGCACUGAAUCCAGUUAAAUGCAGGGCAGCCUUACCUAUUUCCAACAAUGGAAGGCAUUAUGGCAAAGCUAAUCUCACCUUGCUCCCCCUUCCUGCUUCGCAUUAAAGACACCUGAGAAAUACUGUUGAUUUCUCUCUCUCCCCCUCUCUGCCUUUACUCCUUUCAUAAUGAAUUGAUACAUGGGGCUAACCUAUUUAUUUGUGCAUUGGUCAUGUACAGCACUAAAAUGGAUUACUUUGACAUAGAUGAGCUCAUAACUCCUUUUGAUUCGUCACUUGUUAGAAUCUUUUCAUCAGUGCAGCUAUGGAGAAAGAGUGUUUAAAACACUGGGUUUAACUUAAACCAAGCUGGUGGGAACAGUCAUUUAUUUUUUCAAAUGAGAGUUUCCUUCAUCUUUGGAAAAAAUGGAUAGAAAUACAAAAUAUUUUUCUUUUUUGUACAAUCCAAAAAUAUUUACUGGAAUUUAUUUAUUCCUUUAUUAUGUUGCGUGUAAAUAUUUAAUUUUAUGUAAAAAAUAUCCUCUUAUGUAUAUAUGAGCCGGAAAAUACGUUUUAAGAUAAAGAGGUAUUUUAAGAGAUGAGAAUGCACUAUAACUAUAAAGGAAUUUUGAUGGUAGGCAGUAGAAUACCAAAGAAAAGUCACUCUGCACAGGUAUGUGACCCUGACUGGGUUAAGGCUAAUCAUGCCUUCAGGAAAACAGCCCUGGAGAAAAGGAUCUCAUUUUUCUGUUUACCAGAAUGUUGGGUGUGUUGAAUGCGCAUCCUUAAGUAUUACUUGAAAAUUAUGAUGUUAAAAGGGGCAUUGUGACUUGGCACAUUCAGUCAUUAUUCCUAUUCACAGAUUAAAGACUGUGGGCCAUUUUUUUGUAGUGGCUUGUGAAGACAUGAGUGAACCCUCUUUAGCUAGCUAUGUGUUAGUAUGAUAUAGGAAGGGGAAUAUACGGAACUAUUUCAAGGGCAACUCUUAAAUGAGGAGGACAUGCCUCUCAUAUUCUGCCAGGCUGCCACUCUGUGAGAGCUAAAGCGUUUUGGGCCAGCUCUGGUGGUCUCUUGGUUAUUUUCACAACAUUCCUGAAGAUGAUGUCAUUCCAUAUCAGUUCUUCAUGCAUAUUAAGGCCCCAGGUACAUGCUCUUGUCUUCUAAGGAAACUAUAGGGUAGUGAGUGGUUAUUUUGAGUUGCAAGAUGACUUAGGCCUAGUAUUUCUUAUGCUCCUUUUGUUUGAGAGACUAAACAAAGUUUGAAAAUAGAGUAAAAGUGAAACUAAACUAGUUUUCCAAAUGUAUUUUUGUAAUCCAUUAUUACAGUAUUAGAUAAAAGCAUAAGAUCAUUUCUUGAUAAGAAAAAUGCUCAGCUAAGGCUAGAAAUGUUGGAAUGAAGGAAUAGAGACAAAGGGUACUAAAACUCAAUCCUUACAAAAUAAAAAUGAUCUAAACCCAUUGUAUCUGAAUAGCCAGAAGAGAAUGCAUGUGAACCAUCAUGAAUGUAGAUAACAAGGAUUUCUUUUGGCUAAUUUUAUUGUAUAUAUUAUCAGCAUUGUCAAUAGGGUAUUUUCUUAUAGCUGCAAAAAUACAAAGUAUUUUAAUAGUGUGUGUGUGUGUGUGUGUGUGUGUGUGUGUGUGUGUGUGUGUGUGAACAAAUGCAUUCCAUUAGAAGGCAAAAGAGCAGCCUCUGUGCAUUAUGGUCUCCUCUCUUGUUCAUACUCAGUGUGGAAAUGGGAAGGUGUGUUGAGUCCAUGGGCAUAUCUACACCAUAAACCUGAUCAAAUGGUACUGUCUCUCCCCUUUCCAGGGACCCUGGGAACUGUACAUCUGAAGUUCUGUAAUAGACAAUAUUCGGCACCAUUGUCAAAGUACAGCUCUGAGAGUUCUUUGGCGAAUGCCAGGCAAAUAAGUGGCAUACAGUGAAUUUCAUUUGGUAGUGUAGAUAGGGCAAGUGCUGCUGCUGCUAUGACCUUUUGUUCAGCAUCGAAUUGUGUGAUUUCACUUUGUGAUCCCUCAUUUAAGUAGUUGGGAGGACCUGCAGGAAGAGAUCCCUUUGUGGUCCUGCCUAUGGCCCUGAAGGAUUGCUGGCACCCAUCGCUUAGUUUCACAUGAAUAACUCUUCCAGAACCACUGAGUCACUGGAAGCAAAAUAGAACAGUGAUUAAAAUUGGAAAUGGAACAUUUAGCAGCUGUUACAUGCCAGUUCAAAUUGAUAUUUGUUAACUGACUUCAUAUUGCUCCCUUUUUCUGCUCAUCCCAUUAGAUAAAGCAGUAUUUGUCUAGAGAGAGUUGGGGGCUGCAGCAGGAUUUUUAUCAGGCUGAAGCAUUUAGGCAUAUUUUCAGAAACUGGUUGUACAAAUUUCUCUGCAUCAUAAAUUUAAAAUAUUUGGCUUGCAAUAAGGAUAUCAAAAAUAUUCUAGUAAGAUAUGAUUCUGGUUACACUCUGAAAAUACUCCUUUUGCUUAAUGCCCACUGUAGCUCACACCCAGUCUCCAUCACUGGAUCCUUGGAAUUUAUAUUUUUGCAGAGAUGAAAUUGUAUUUGUCUUUGGAAGGAAAAAACAACAUAUUCAUCUAUAAGGUACCACAAUACUAAUUUUUAAUGGCUUUAGCAUUUGUGAACCCAGCACACUUCAGUGGAGGCAUCUUUCGAACUUCAAGUUCCCAUUGUUUAGCUCACCUGGAACAAAUUACUUUGACUCCGUUUCCCAAGAUUUUAAUAGCUGAAUGUUAGCAUCUACUGUGAAGCAAAGUAUUUUCUGCAUGGGUGCAACAGCAUUCUAUACCUUGCGUCCCACACUUAUGUGCAAUGCCUCAGAUUGAAAUAUGUGUCUCAUUCUUUUUGUUGUCUGUGCUGUAAAGAUUUCCAGUUGGUUUUAUAAGUUUUCUUAUUGUGAAUGUGUUUUUCUUAAUAAAAUAAUAAAUGGUUUGGAUGGAAAAUUA